AACGUGAUGAAUUAAUUAAAAAAUUUGGUAAAUGUCCAACUUGUGAAGGAUUACCUAAAGAGGAUCAGAAAAAACCAAUUUAUAAAUGUCCAGAUUGUGGAAUUCCUACUCAUUGUUCAGAAGAACAUUAUAAACAAAAUUUAAUUGAGCAUAAAUUGCAUACAUGUGAGAUGUUAAAAGAAUUUAAUGAAGAUACUCAUGAUUUAAUGAGUGGUAGAAAAAUGCCAGAAUUGGAAUUUCCGAGUUCACAAUCACUUGAUGAAGAAGUUAAUUUAUUAAAUUGGGAUACUUUUUUGUACACAAGAGGAUUUCCAAGUAUAGAUCAUGCUCGUUCUUUAAGACAUGUAUCUAAAUUGUUGACUUACCCGAUAACAAUUGGAUCCGUUUUACAUCAAAAUGGUCCUUAUACACUUCGAAAUAGAUUAACAAAUGAGGGUUUAAAGUCGUUAAUUGCAUUGAGAACAACCUUACAUCCAAAACAAACUAGUGUUGAUAUAAAAACUCUUCAACCAGCAGAAACAGUUCGAAUAUUUAUAAUUGGAGCUCGCGCGGAAGCACAAUUACCAUUACAUUUAUAUACACAAUUAUCAUAUUUAUUUCCAACUAUAGCAUUACAUAUUCAUUUUAUUGGUCCAGAAUCAAUUUUACCUGGAAAUGAAUCACAUACAACACAUUUUAAUCAUUAUUUAUCUUUUACAUGGAAAAAUUCUUUUUAUCAUGAUUAUCAUGAUUCUAUAAGUCCAUUUGAUCCAUAUUGUGAUAUAUUCUUUCUUUUUCAUCCUGGAAUAUAUCAAAAUAAUGGAAAAGAAUUAUGGGAAAAAACGAUCAAAAAAUUGUUAAAAACCAAAUGUGCUAUUUUAAUUACUGGUUUUAAUGAGAAUGAUAUGAAAAAUGAAAUUCAAAUUAUAGAAGAGGAUGAUACAUUUGAAUUUGAUUGGAUAUUAGAACCAGGAGAAAAUGAGUUUAAAAGUUUACGAAGAGAUAUUGAUAUAAAAGAUGUACGAAUAGGUGUAUAUCCAAAUUGGGGAAUUUUUGGAAUAAGAGGAAAAAGAUAUGAUAUUAGACAAUAUGAGGAAGAUGAUGGUCGUCUUACCUUGCCAAUAAUCGCCAAACUAGCAAAAUUUACUUUAACAAAAACUCGGGAAUGUCUCUUCAUAUUGAUCCAACAUAAUUUGGUAUACUGGGCUGAAUCAAGAGAAGGCCAAAGGAUUGGAAUUUAUUAUUCCAUUGAAAAAGACGAAAUUUUGACAAGGUUAAAUUUUGGUAUUUAUAUAAAGAAUGCUAAUGAGUGGAUCGAAUCAAAACAUGCGAGCGAACUUGUCAAAUAUAUAUUGCUUAACGGAAAAGUGACUUUCGCAGGAUUAGUUGAAGAGAUGAAAAUUAACAAAAAAUCGAACAAAAAAUAUUAUGUUUUGCCUGUUAAUUUUGCUGAUUCGAAAUCUGCUAGGGAUAAAGCAACUGAAGCAGAACAACGAGAAUUAGCAAAAGUAACUAAUUUCAUACCUACCAAAAAACAAAUGGCUGAAGCUAAAGCCAAACUUGCAGCUAAUCUUGAUACAGAUGAUGUUGCAACUGGAUCGAAACGUAAAUUAAAUAUGGAUAAUUUUGAUAGACCAGCAAAGCAACUCAAAGGGGAGAUAACAAUUGAUGAUAAUCAAUAUUAUCGGGUGAACUAUGAAAAAUUUAACGUUAAAGCAAGAAAUAAACGUUUUUCGAAAUUUGUUAGGAAUCUUAUUAAUCAUUCUGCAGGAAUGAUUAUGAAAUAUAUUCUGGAUAUUGCUGAUUGUGAUAAAGCGAGUGAUAUCGAAUCUUGUUCUAUUUCAUUACAAAAAAUCAUUAAAAAUAUUCCAGAAAGCAAAGAUGAAAUAUUUGCUCAGCAAAUGAAAACCGAAAGAGGAAAAACUGUCAACCGUGAAUCUCUUAUUAAGCAAUAUUUGGAUUGUCUUAUUGAAGAUGAUGCAAAUAUUUUAUGUAAAAAAGAUGAAAAUAUGGGUGGAAUGUAUUUUGUAAAAUAUAAUGCUCUAUGUGAAUCUUUGAAGCAACAA